AUGGCUGAUUCUGAAAAUUAUUUUAUUUUGGAGUCAAAUAAAAACCUUGCAUUUAUAAGUUCUUAUUCGGAUAUUCCUCUUAAGCAGCCUUUGAUGCAGGUCCUUGAGGAAGAAGGAAUACGGGAGCCACUGCCACUUCACAAGCAAUGUUUACAGUCAUUUCUUGAUGAGCCUCAAGUGAUGUUAUUUAUUCCUCCAGCAACAGGAAAAGCGCUCCUUCUGUGCCUUGGAAUUUUCCAACUAAUUGAUAUAAAUCUAAAUCAGCCUCAAGUCAUUAUUGUUGAGCCAAGGAAAUACUUAAUUGAUGAAAUGGCUAUCGUCUUGGAAAAAUGGGGCAAGUAUUUAUCUCCAACUAUUGUGCAAACGACAGGUGAAAAUGAUAGAAAUGCUGAUUUAGCCAAAAUACAGAACUCUCAAAUUGUAAUUGGUACUUCUGGAAGAUUGAAUAAUUUCUUGAAGUUUAACCAAUCUCUUUUCCGCCAUGUUUCACUUAUUGUUAUUGAUGCAGGCGGAGGCAUUCAUCAGCCAAAUUCUUCUAAAAAUGCAGAAGAAAGGAAGGACUGGGUUGACCAGGGAAAUGCAGUAUUUGGGAUAUAGCCCAGUCUCAUUUUUGCUCGCAAUACCUUUGCCUAUUGAAUAGACCAUGAAAUUCAAUUUUUCUGACAAGGGCAGUUUAAAAUUGUCAAAUGCAAAUUAUAGCUUAUAUUUGUGAACUUUUAAUUAGCCCUUUCAUAAAAAUUCGCAUGCUCGUGCCUAUUUAAUAGGCAUAGGUAAUCUAUAAGGGGUCUUUAGCUAUAAUUAACAAACUAAACAAAAAUGUCAAAAAGUGGUGGAUUUCAAAUCCGACUAAUGAAGAGAGUUUUAUUAAAAGAGUAACUAAAAAUCCUCGAAAUUUACUUACAAUAUCAGCAAAAUUUCAAGUUGCAGUAGCUGGUGGAUUAAUUCAUUAUAAGCUUGACUGUACUGACGAAGUUGAUAAACUUCAAAAAUUGAAGCAUCUUUUAAGUAGAGAUCCAGAAAAACAAAAAAUUAUUUUUUGUAAAAAAGAAAAUUUAGAGAAGCUGCAAACUGAAAUUGGAAAUAGUUAUGGAGAUAUCUUAUUAUUUAGCAAUCAAAUGGAUAAAAAUCAGUUAAAAGAAAUGCUGGAAUCUUUUAGAAACAGGCAAUAUUUAAUUGGUAUUUGUCCUUCUAAAGGAUUUUUAAUGAGACAAUUAGAUACAAAAGACCCUAUAGAGAUAUAUAAUUAUGAUAUAGCUAAAUCCAAAAAAAAAUAUUUUAACUUCCCCCUCCUUGAAUGAGCAAAAAAAUUUUGUUCACUUAAGGAGGGAUUGAUUUGUCUUUUCAAAAUCUAAAAAAUCCCAAUUCAAAAUAAUUUUUAAGCAAAUAUUAAUUCACUUUCUAAAAUUUAUAUUGUAAAAUGCAAGCUGCUUAAAUAUAAAGGAAUUCGCUAGAGAUUUAAUUAUAAUAUUUAUAGCUUAUAUAUCAAAAUUUUUUAAUAAAAAAUUUUGUUACUUACAGAGGUUAGUUUUUAGGCAAAAAAUAGGGAUUUUUCAAUUGGUUUUGUUCACCCAAGGAGGGUAGAGUAAGAAGAAUCAGGAGAAAUGGAUUUUUCAAGCAAGGAGAUAAAGUAUUUAAUUUUCCAAUUAAUGAAGAGGAAAAAGAUAAAUUAGCUAAAAUAGAAAGAAAGUACAGCUAUGAAAUGCAAAAUCUCAGCCUCGAUUAA